UGUAGAAGAGCAUGAAAGAUGGCUGAUUGGCCUCGAUUUAGAGGUUAAUGUAAUCCAAGAAAAUCAUCACAAUGCAUUUCUCAAGAGAAGGCGCAAAAUGAAGAGAUUUUCUCCCGUAUUCCCAACAUCACAAAAGCAUCUCCCAAGAGACACAGAUCACGCUUGAUUAUGCUUCACCCAACAAAUCACAUAAUAUAGUGAUAAAAAAAAAUCACGUGCACAAAUCGGCGCAGAAAUCCGAAGGCAUACAAAACAGAGCAUGAAUAUCCCCAACGCCUCAAAGGAUGGUCGCCGUUUUCGAGAAACCGUUUGUUAGUUUAGGAAAAGCGCCUACAGUCCAUACACCAUCACUCUUUAACAACUCCACGACAUAUUCGGCAGAAAAUCAUUGACAUUUGCUGUGAUAAGAAGUCAUCGGCCGAUACAUUACCACAUUUAUCCAUCUCUGGAAUGCCUAUACGCUUGAUUAAAGUGGUUUAGUUACAUGAACUAUCUUAUUCAAGAAUAUGUAUUGAGAUCUUGUUGAUAUUUUUGUCCAUUAUCAUUAUUUGUUUUCACGCUUCAUCAUAUAAGAUAAUCCCCAGAAAGCCAAAGUUUUAUUGAGUUUUACAGACUCGAUGUUUUGAGUGAGACAUCGGUGGAUGUUCAUAGAAUGUCAUGAUCAAUCCAGCGGUCAAUGAAUAUCUGCUCACAAAAAUUAACUGUUGAUUCUGAGGAAGAUUUGCUGGAAUUCUACCAUAAACUAAUGAAUCUUUUCCAAUCACAAAUCGAACUCCCGAAAUUCAUUGAGUAAAGCAAAUUUAAGUGAUGCCAUCAUGUUGGCUCUCAGGUACAUACUUGCUGUAUUGAUCCGCAGUGUUCUCAUGGUCCUGGGGAUUCCUGGAAACGGUCUUAUCAUCAUCGUUUACUGCAAGAAACAACGGAAGACCGGGACAGACGCCUUCAUUCUAGGACUUGCUAUAGUUGAUUUCAUCGUUUGCCUUAGUUUCCCCCUGAAGAUAUAUUCUUACCUGACAUUGCAGUUCACAAGUGAUGUCCUGUGUAAGCUAAUGCACUUUAUCGUUUUCUGGAACACAUAUCUUGGAGAGUUCUUGACUGCCGCCAUCACGGUGGAUCGAUACAUUGCAGUGUGUAAACCACUGAAGCGAAGGGUAUCACCCAAACAGGCCAUUAUCAUCAUCUCUACCUUCUCUAUUCUGGCAGCAUUCUGCGCCAUCCCAUCCGUUACGAAGUCAGGUAUCCAGAAAUAUGGUCCAGCCGUUUCCAAGUGCUCCUACAGUUACGAUAACAUUACCUUCGCUCAAAUCAUCUCCUACUGCAACGACACUCUGUUCUACAGCUGUUUGGUUUUGAUUACGAUCCUGUAUACCCUAAUUUGGAUCUCGGUGCGACAUCAGGCAAGGGUUCGCGUGGAGAAACUAGGAGGGGCCAGUAGUGUAUCUAGGAACCUGAAGCCUCUGCAGGCUUCUGUGAUGCCAUCUGAAGCUUGGGGUAAAGAGGAAGGUACGAAAUCAGAAAACGUGACUGAUGGCUACAAGGCACCGGUUCAGCGGAAUAGCUCGACUGAAGCUACACAGUCUGGUGAUGCUGCUGGCAUACAACAGGAUAAGUCUGCAAGAAUACACACCUCUGACCUUCUCUCUGUGGAAUCAAAUUCUAGUCGCGGCAAUUCCGAUUCUUCUGGAAACCAUCUUGCUCCCCCUGUCCGUAUUGACGUUCUCGUCAGUCCGGGCACCACUGCGAAGCCAUCUAAUCCAGGUGCCCCAAUCCCAGUCGUUCGAACCAACAACAAGACAACUGUGAUGAUCUUCAUCAUCACUGUCAUUUUUUUCCUCUCCUGGAUCCCAACUAAGAUCUGGGAUUACUACCCAAACACAAAGUUUACUUGGGUACAAACCGAUCCAGUGAGAUACAACAUAUUCUACGUCUCUCUAUUCGCUAUCAAUCUCAAUCAGGUCAUCAAUCCAUUCAUCUACAGUUUCGUCAACGUUCAGUUCAGACGAGAAUGUGUAAGAGUAAUGAGACAUAUUCGACAAUGCAGAUUUUCUUAACAAAUUCAGUAGGAGCACGAUGAAAUUGAUUUGGUUUCGAUUUCUAGUAUUCUACUUUUGAUGUUUGGUCUUGUUUUUAUGCAUUUGUAUGAGUCGCACUCAAUGUAAAAGUGUUCACAUUGUUAAUACUUCAGUCACAUUUUCUCUACGGCGGCCAUGCAGCGAGUCCAAAACUGCAGUUUUAAUACUUUUUGUACCAGGUACAAAUAGGUUUGAAUGAAAAUAAACAAAAGGCUGUUUCGACUCGCCGUACGGCCGCCGUAGAGCAAAUGUGACUGAGGUAUUCGUAUAAGUUCAGCGAACUAUUUAGGGUGGAAAUCCACCAUCCUGCUGCUGCUGCUGCUUCUGCUGAUUGUAACGACAGGGUCUGUGGGUAUGUGCGUUAUUUUGUUGAGUGGGUGUGGGUAUGAGUGUGCAAGUGAGUUUUCUUCCAAUUAUAUAUAUUUGAAGAUCAUAACCAGAGAAAACUUUUACUCGUAAGGGUGAUUCUCACAAUUGCGCUGAAUCUCUGUACUAUUGAUGAAAGGGAGCUUUGAAUCUACCCCGGGCCCCUAGAAACGUUUAUCAUGUCUGUUCGCAUGAUUUUUAAAAUGAAAAAAAAAUAUGGAUAAUGUUCAAGAUCUUGUUAGCAAAUAAGAAAAGUGAUACAGCUGUAAUACACUGUAUGUACAUAAGGUGUAUGUUUGCCACAAUUCGAAGAAGAGAAAGAGUAUAUAUAGUGUUGUGAUUUGGCGUAUGUAACGCGUUUUCAACUUUGAAAAUACAAAAGGCACACUCUUGAAAGAACUAGAAAGAAAAGAGAUAAAUAAAUGUAAAAAAAUGUAACAUAUGACAUGCGUUUGGAAGUAGAAUUUAUACUCGACAUUUUUGUCUCGCCUGCAUAGCAGAGCGAGACAAUAAGGUUAGCUUUUGCGAUUGUGGGGCCGUCAACAUUGAAAUCUUAAAAAAGGUAAAGUUCAAUGUCAUUAUAACUUAGAAAUUGUGGACCCAGUUCAUGAAUCUUGAAAAUAAGGGUAAUCAAGUAAAACUGAUCAUUUUGCAUGAGUUUUACAUGACCAUGGUCACAUAACCAAAGUCAAAGGUCAUUUAGGGUCAAUGAACUUUGACCAUAUUUGGGGUAUCAACUCUGAAAUCUUAACAAAGUUAAAUUUUUGAAAUGUCAUCAUAACUUUGAAAGUUUAUGAACAUUAGGGAAAUCAACUAUCAUUGAUCAUUUUGUUCAAAUUCCCAUCACAUGAUCAAGGACAAAGGUCCUUUACGAUCAAUGAACUUUGACAAUAUUGUGGUAUCAACAUUGAAAUUUCAACCAAGAUUUUAAAAUGUUAUCAUAACUUUUAAAGUAAGUGGAUCUUUUUCUUUAACUUGUACACAAGGGUAAUCAAGUAUCUGUGGUCACUUUGCACGAACUUCAGGUCACAUCAUCAAGGCCAAUGGUCAUUUAGAGUUAAUGAACUUACUAUUUGAGUGUAUUUUGGUGAAUAAUUAUUCAUCUAAUUGUUUGCAAAGGUAUCACUGCUGCUAUAUUGAAUCGAGUAAUGCAGGUGAGACUGUCAGAGGCGUUCCUUUUGUUUGUUUAUAAAAUGUAAGAUGUGUAAU